GCUGCAUUCCGAACCUCUCCACCAAUCCCCGCAGAGAGGGGCGAGGCGCCGGGCGGAAGGGAAGCGCGGAGGGGGACGGCAAGAUGGCGGCCGCCAUGGCCUGGCUGAGGCGCGGAGCGUGGGGCCCGGCCCGGCGGUGCGGCCGGAGCUACAGCGCGGGCGGCGUCUCCCCCGGCGUGCCGCUGAGCUGCCCCCUGCCCGGAGUGCCCAAGGCGGUGUUCGCCGCCACAGAGGGCCGGGAGCGCUUCGAGACGCGGGUGACGGCGCUGGAGAACGGGCUGAGGGUGGCGUCGCAGAGGAAAUUCGGGCAGUUCUGCACCGUGGGGCUGCUCAUCAACUCGGGAUCGAGGCACGAGGCCAAGUACCUGAGCGGCAUCUCGCACUUCUUGGAAAAGCUGGCCUUCUCGUCCACAGCUCAGUUUGGCAGCAAAGAUGAAAUUCUCCUCACCUUGGAAAAGCACGGGGGCAUUUGUGACUGUCAGGCUUCAAGGGACACCAUCAUGUACGCUGUUUCUGCUGAUGCCAAAGGCCUGGACACGGUGGUCAACUUGCUGGCAGAUGUGGCACUGCAGCCCCGGUUAUCAGAUGAAGAAAUUGAGAUGACUCGGAUGGCCAUACGGUUUGAGCUGGAAGACUUGAAUAUGAGGCCUGAUCCAGAGCCUCUCCUCACAGAAAUGAUCCACUGCGCCUACAGAGAAAACACAGUUGGGCUGAACAGGUUCUGUCCAGUGGAAAACACUAACAAAAUCGACCGGCAAGUGCUGCACUCGUACCUGCGCAACUACUACACGCCCGACAGGAUGGUGCUGGCCGGGGUGGGAAUCGAGCACGAGCAGUUGGUGGAGUGUGCCAAGAAAUACCUGCUGGGCGUGGAGCCGGUGUGGGGCAGCGCGCAGGCCAAGGAUGUGGACAGAUCGGUGGCUCAGUACACGGGAGGCAUCGUCAAGGUUGAAAAAGACAUGUCAGAUGUGAGUCUCGGCCCUACUCCAAUCCCGGAGCUUACCCACAUUAUGAUUGGGUUAGAAAGCUGCUCAUUUUUAGAGGAAGACUUCAUUCCCUUUGCAGUAUUAAAUAUGAUGAUGGGAGGCGGUGGCUCCUUUUCAGCUGGCGGGCCUGGCAAAGGCAUGUUCACUCGGCUGUACCUCAAUGUGCUCAACAGGCACCACUGGAUGUAUAAUGCAACUUCUUACCACCACAGUUACGAGGAUACAGGUCUCCUGUGUAUACAUGCCAGCGCUGAUCCAAAACAGGUUCGAGAGAUGGUGGAAAUUAUCACGAGAGAAUUCAUCCUGAUGGCAGGAGCAGUCGGAGAGGUAGAACUUGAGCGAGCAAAGACGCAGCUGAAGUCCAUGCUCAUGAUGAACCUCGAGUCUAGGCCUGUUAUCUUUGAAGAUGUGGGACGCCAAGUGUUGGCCACAAACACAAGGAAACUACCUCACGAGCUCUGUGCCCUGAUCAGUCAGGUGAAAUCUGCUGACAUCAAAAGAGUGGUCACUAAGAUGCUUCAUAAAAAACCAGCUGUGGCUGCACUGGGUGACUUAACAGAUCUGCCCACGUAUGAACACAUCCAAGCAGCACUUUCCAGUAAGGAUGGGCGACUUCCUCGGAUGUACCGGCUCUUUCGAUAAAGCAGCGCAUCCUGCAUGUAUCUGAGAGACUUGCUUUUUUUUUUUUUUUUUUUUUUUAAUUUUUUUUGAUUUAUAAUACUGCUGUGACUCCACUCCUUCCCCAGUCUUUCCAGGCAUACUGUGCAAACAUGGAGCUAUGCUACAGCUGAGCAAAGCUGCUUCAGAACACUGGUCUGUGAAGGGCUCGUUACGUUGGGCUUCUCAGCCCAUUCUGGCUUUGGAUGAGCCAGAGGAAGGCUGCUGUUAAAAGGCUUGGACUCACAUACCUGAAUUCAGAGACAAUUUACAGCUGUUACAGAGGGGAACAAGUAUUUGGUCAAAGUGAGUUAGGAAAAUAGUUGUUAUCCAUCUGAAAUCAGGCAACAAGUUUCCCGCAGUCCAGGUUCUGUUACAAACAUCAUGGAUCAGUUCUGUGUAAUUUACCCUCUGGAAUACUCUAAGACAUCGUAUGUCUGGGAAUAACUUAACUUUGCUAGAACUCAGAGGAAAGUAGACCUAUAGCAUAACUUCCUGGGGAGUUCAUAGAUGGAGGUACUAUACAUAAUGCUACAGUGGACACUCACUCUAGCCUGAAAGUAAUUUUCUUGUUACUUGAAAGUGAAUUAUGCAAAAGAGUAGAAGGUUUUUUAUGCCUGAAUUGUUAUUCAAAGGAGUCGCUGCUGCUGCACCUUAAACUUGUACCCUACUUUUCUUCAAAUUGUUAUACGAUUAACUUAAGGUCUUGCAGAAAGACAGAUCUUUCAGUUUUAACAGCAGCAAUGGAGCCCAGCUAGCUAGCAGUUAAGAUCAACAAUGUUGAGGAAGCUUGUGAUACCAAAAGUGACUGCCAUGGGACUGCCAUCAUGUUACGUAAAGAGAGGACAAAUAUUUGCCACUUAAUUUCAAACUGAAGCAUGGAGACCCAGAAGAGAGAAGAUAAAACGUUUUGAUUUACAUAAUCCCUUAAUACAGGGGCUUAAAAAUGUAGGCAGCUGCAUUGCAGCAUUUCACGGACUUGGUGUGUCUUGUAAGGAACAAUGAAAUUGGGAGCAGAACACUAUGAGGCAGCUAUGGUCUGCUUUAUCACCGUACCUUUCUUUAUGCAAUUGGAAGAAAAGGUGUUGCUUCUUACAGAACCCACAGUAUGGAAGUCUCAUUCAGUUGUUGUGUAUGUUUUUAAAGAAAAUAAAGAGCCCUUGAAGUCACUGGA